GUUGUAAAGUUUUCUCCCAAACUUUAAGUAAAAACUUACUUAAUUUAGAGCAAGUAACUAAAAUUCAAGUAAAUAUGAAAUAAAUCUGCUAAUGAACAAUGUUUACUAGCGAAAAACCGAUUUCUAAGCCCCAAUCGAACAGCUGUUUGCCAAUAGCUCCCCCAACCGCAACAUCUGCUGUCAAAUAAACGUCAAAACAGUCGCGCGACUCGACUCCCCAAGCGAAAAAGUGCAGAAAAGUGAAAUGAGACGUUAAAAGCUCAAAAAAAUAUUGAUACGCAUCAGGGAGAACACGAGAAACUCGCAUAUGUAUAAGAAAAACAAAGUGUAGCAAUGGGCGACAAGGAGGAGCCCGUAACACCCGCGCCUUCGCCCACGGAGGAGGGUAUGGCCAAUAUUGGGACUGCUGGAGCCGGGGAUCAACCCCAAGCUUCCGGGAGCAGCACGAACGUGAAGAUAGUAAUCAUCGGAGCCGGAAUGGCAGGAUUAUCGGCAGCGAAUCACCUUCUGCAGAAUGGCUGCGAGGAUUUCCUUAUUUUGGAGGCAAGGGGCCGAGUGGGCGGACGAAUAGUGUCCAUACCGCUGAGCAAUAACCAGAAGAUUGAACUGGGGGCCAAUUGGAUACACGGCGUCCUGGGCAACCCCAUCUUCGAACUGGCCGUUCAGCAUGGUCUAGUCAGCGUGGUAAACGUACCAAAGCCGCACAAGGUGGUGGCCACCACGGAGGAUGGCCACCAGGUGCCAUUUAGCAUACUCCAGGAGAUCUACGAGGCGUACGUCUGUUUUUUGAGGCGCUGCGACGAGUAUUUCCUGUGUCAGUACAGUCCUCCUCCUGAUAUACACAGUGUGGGCGAGCACAUCAACUAUGAAAUCGAAAUCUACCUGAGCGGCGUCCAGGAUCCAAAGGAGAAACGCCUCAAGCAGUCCAUAUUUAACUGCCUGCUUAAACGUGAGACCUGCAUAACCGGCUGCAACAACAUGAACGAGGUGGAUCUCCUCGAACUAGGCAGCUACACGGAGCUACAGGGAGGCAACAUAGUGCUGCCGUCUGGCUACAGCUCCAUCCUGCGACCGCUGAGCGCCCAGAUACCCAAGCAGUCAAUCCUGACCAAAUGCCCGGUGAAGAAAAUCCACUGGAAGCGGAAAAAGACCUUUACUGGCCUGGAGACCGUCGACGAGAACUCGGAGGACGAGCACUCGGACGAUUCGGAGCGAACGGUGACGGAAGUGCCCACGGGAGGGCUUCGCGGCGCCUCGAUGGAGUCUAACUCCAGCAGCAAUUGUGAUUCACCUGCAGGCAAUGUGCGCGUAGAUUGCGAGGACGGUCGAGUACUCCAUGCGGAACAUGUGAUAUGCACCAUACCGCUGGGCGUGCUGAAGGAGACGCAUCGCACUCUGUUCGAUCCUGUGCUGCCGCAGUACAAGCAGGAGUCCAUUGAGAAUCUCAUGUUCGGCACCGUAGACAAAAUAUUCCUGGAGUACGAGCGGCCGUUCCUUAGUGCGGAUAUAUCAGAGAUUAUGUUACUGUGGGACGACGACAAGCGAGACAUGAACAGCACCGAGGAGGAGUUGGCUAGCGAGGCGUAUCUCAGCAAGAAUUGGUUUAAGAAGAUAUACUCGUUUGCCAAGAUGACGGACACCCUGCUUCUGGGUUGGGUUUCCGGUCGAGAGGCCGAGUUCAUGGAGACGCUCUCCCACGAGGCGGUGGCGGAGAAGUGCACAGAAAUCCUGAGGAACUUUCUCCAGGAUCCGUACGUGCCCAAACCGAAGCGAUGUGUGUGCACGAGUUGGAAGUCUCAGCCCUUUACUGGUGGAGCCUACACUUCGAUACCUGUAGGCGCUACUCAGGAGGAUAUUGAGAAUCUGGCCCAGCCCCUAUAUGCCACUCCCCAGGCCAUGAAGCCCGCCAUAGUCUUUGCCGGAGAGCACACCCAUUCCAGUUUCUACUCGACAGUACACGGCGCCUAUUUGAGUGGCCGCACGGCGGCGCAGCAUUUGCUGGCCAGCGAGGAGCCGGACGAAAUCAUCAUGGAGUCAGACGGCAGCGAUCUGAGCGCCUGGAUACAGGGCAUCGCCCUGGACUGAGUCUAAGCAAAACAACGACCACUCAACGAUUUUGUAUUAUAAUUUAUUACCGAUUUUUUGUACACUCUUGGAACGCUUUUAGCUAGUGAUAUAUAUUUUUUUUCAAUUGUAAUUUAUUUUGCUAGUGUCGUUAAACGAUUUACCAUCAUUUUUGUACAUCCCCUGUAAGCAUUUGUUUUAUUUUGUUGAUGUAAUUAUAUUGUAAUUUAUUUAAAGCCCGCUUGUACAAUACUAUAAAUAAAAGGUAACGAUUUAGCUGA